AUGUCCACCUCGAAGACGGAAACUGGUAAGCCAGCGCAAGAGUUUGAAACCAUGAGACAAUUGGCAUCAAUCGAUCCUCUCCCUCGACAUGUUAUACAACUGCUUGAUAAAUUUGACCUGGAAGGCCCAAAUGGGAUGCAUAAAUGCUUCGUUCUGGAGAUGUUAGGAUCCAGUGUUGAUGACAUGGUCAAUGUCCACACUCCGGAUAGUAGAGUGCCUGGAAAACUUAAGAUCAUUGCAAAACGAGCUCUUGUCGAGUUGGACAGUCUCCACCGACAUAAGAUUGGACAUAGUGUUGGGCUACUCUCCCAUCCCGGAAAUGAGUUUGAACGGCUCUCAUGA